AGUUAUUCUUACUAAUUAUAGGGCUAUGAAACAAGUGCCGAACGAUGGAGUCCUGUACAAAGUAUAGAGAAAAUUUUACUAUCUGUUGUUUCAUUACUAGCUGAACCAAAUGAAGCUAGUCCAGCAAAUGUUGAUGCUGCAAAAAUGUUUCGAGAGAAUCGUGAAAAAUUUGAUGAUACAGCAAAACGAAGUUUUGUUCAAACUCUUCCACGUAAUGUUCGACUUGAACUUGAUCCUGAAGUUAAUGAACAAUUAAAAUCUGAUAAUCGAAAAUUAGCUUUUUUCAAAGAACAUAAAGGAAAAUUUCAUCAUAAAAGCGAACUACCAAAAAAACUUGAAGAAACUAUUAAUACAAUUCUAUCUGAUAUUGAACCACAACGUUUGAAAGCUGAUAUAAAAUUACUUGAAGAUCAUUUAGCCGAAAGACGUUUACCAAUUGAACAACGUGAAUUACAAACAAUAGCACAAAAUGUUAUACAAAAUCUAAUGCAGACUGAACCACCAAUAAAUACGUUAGCUAUGAGUCCUGAACAACGUGAACAAUUAAAUCUUGGACGACAACGUGAAUUAGUAAAACGUUUAAAAACAUCAAUAUAUCAUUGGCAAUCAUUAACAUUCGAUGAAUAUAAAUCGAAAAUAUAUCUAGCAACUAAUUUUGCUUCACAUUAUGCAAUGCUCGUACAAAUUUUGAAUGAAAUUAAACAAAGAGAACGAAAUUUUCAACCUGUUCGAUUAUUAGAUUUCGGAUCAGGGACUGGUUCUGCAAUGUGGGCAGCAAUGCAUGUUUGGGGUAAAAAAACAUUUGCUGAAAUUCUUAAUGUUGAUAAAUCACGUGAAAUGAAUAAACUUUCACAAUUAAUUCUGCAAGGUGGACAGGAAAAUAAAGCACCGAUGGUUAAUGGUGUUGUCUACCGACAAUUUAUGCCACAUGGACGUGAAAAUGUAUUUGAUUUAGUUAUUGCUGAUCAUACUUUAUUUGAAUUUGAAAAUCGUUUUGAACGUUUAAAAGUUCUUCGAUCAUUAUGGUAUAAUGUUAAACCUAAUGGUUUUUUAAUUCUAGUUGAACGUGGUACUAUUCAUGGUUAUUCAGCAAUCAAUGAAGCACGUGAAAAUCUAUUAUCUCGUAUUGCGGUACCUGAUCAAUUAACAAAAGAAAAUAUCGAUGAAAUAAAUGAUGAAGAAUCAUCAACAGAACAUGAUGAUUCACCAGUAAAAACUCACAAUUCUCCAGGACAUAUUUUUUCACCGUGUCCACAUGAGUCAGUUUGUCCAAAAAAAGAAUUAAAUAUUCCAUGUCGAAUAUCAACACGUUAUCGACCAUUACAAAUAUUUGAUGUUAAACGAAAUAUACCCGAUUAUACAACUGGUCAAAUGUCCUAUAUUGUCCUUAAAAAAAGUGAACGAAAUCAAAAUGACAUUUAUGGAACAUGGCCACGUAUUAUUGAACCUAUUAUUGAUCGUAAACAUCAUCAGCAUGUUCGUCUUUGUUGUCCAAAUGGACAAUAUGUAAAUGUACCUAUAUCAAAAAAUAAACAUGGAACUGGCCUUCAUCGUUUAUCACAUCAUGCUGAACCCGGUGAUUUAUUUCCGGUAACUGGUGAAGUUAUUGAAGAUGAAUCUACAAAAAUUAAAGAUGAUUUAAUAGUUUCUGAACGAUCUAAAAGACGAGCAUUUCGGACUUAA